UGGCGGGUGUAGGGAAGACGGCGCGUGCGUGGCCACCGGACGUCAGCCAUGGCUCAAAGGCCGAAGAGGACUUUCCGGCAGCGCCGAGUCCCCUCCAGUGAUAGCGAUGACGCUGCAGAGCCGUCUGCUGAGCCCGGGGCUCCGGGGGAGCAGGAGGCCCCAGGCCCUACAGAGGAAGGGCCGUCCAGUGGAGGGGGCCGCGCGGAGGUGGCGGACUGGCGUGUUCGGGCCCGGGGCCCUCGCGGCCGAGUAUGGGCGAGUUCCCGGCGCGCCGCAGGGACGGCUCCGCGAGCCGACGGCGGCACCGGCGUCCCAGAAUCCAGAAUAGUUGAUCUUUCAACAGAUGAAGAAGGUGAAACAGAGCAUUCCUCAGAAAGUAAGGAUGGUCAGAGUUCAUCAUCCAACAGCUCUAGCUCUCUGGAAGAAGAGUUUUCAUCAAUAGUAAAUAUCCCUGAUGCAGCUUUUAUUCAGGCAGCCCGCAGGAAACGUGAAUUGGCCAGGACCCAAGAUGAUUUUAUUUCUUUGGAUGUAAAACAUACCUCUGCCAUCACUGGGAUGAAGAAAAACAGUGAUGAAGAUACUGAGAGUGAGCCUGAUGACCAUGAAAAGAGAAUACCAUUUACCCUAAAGCCUCAAACACUUAGACAGAGGAUGGCUGAUGAAACAACACCUAGAAAUGAAGAAACAAGUGAAGAAAGUCAGGAAGAUGAAAAUCAAGAUAUUUGGGAACAGCAACAGAUGAGGAAAGCAGUUAAAAUCACAGAGGGACGAGACCUAGAUCUUUCCUACAGCACUGAAUCUCAAACAGUGAAGAAGUUUGAUACUUCCAUUUCAUUUCCACCAGUAAAUUUAGAAAUUAUAAAGAAGCAAUUAAAUACUAGAUUAACAUUGCUACAGGAUACUCACCGCUUACACUUGAGGGAAUAUGAAAAAUAUAUACAAGAUAUCAAGAGCUCGAAGAAUACCAUCCAGAACCUAGAGAAUUCAUCAAAUCAAGCUCUAAAUUUUAAAUUCUAUAAAAGCAUGAAAGUUUAUGUGGAAAAUUUAAUUGACUGUCUUAAUGAAAAGAUUAUCAGCAUCCAAGAAAUAGAGUCAUCCAUGCAUGCACUCCUUUUAAAACAAGCCAUGACCUUUAUGAAACGCAGGCAAGAUGAAUUAAAACAUGAAUCAACGUAUUUACAACAGUUAUCACACAAAGCCGAGACAUCAACAAAUGGAAGCUUGGCUGUAGAUGAAAAAACUCCAUGGAUUUUGGAAGAGAUUGAAUCUCGAAGGUCACAAAGAAGACAAGCAAGGGCACUUUCUGGGAAUUGUGAUCAUCAGGAAGGGACAUCUAGUGAUGAUGAACUGUCUUCAGCAGACAUGAUUGACUUCCAGAAAAUCCACGAUGAAAUUUUACAAGAUCAUAAGAAGAUUUUUGAAGAUGUACAUGAUGAUUUUUGUAAUAUCCAAAAUAUUUUGUUGAAAUUUCAACAAUGGCGAGAAAAGUUUCCUGAUUCUUAUUAUGAAGCUUUCAUUAGUUUAUGCAUACCGAAGCUUUUAAACCCCCUAAUCCGACUUCACUUGAUUGAUUGGAAUCCUCUUAAGUUUGAUGCUGUAGGCUUAAAACAGAUGCCAUGGUUCACAUCUAUAGAAGAAUAUGUGGCUACCAGUUUGGAAGAUUCAAAGAAGGAAGAUGGUUCUGAUAAAAUCUUGUCUGGUGUCAUCAACAAAACCGUUAUUCCUCGACUUACAGACUUUGUAGAAUUCAUUUGGGAUCCCUUGUCGACAUCACAGACAACAAGUUUAAUAACACACUGCAGAGUGAUUCUUGAAGAACUUUCCACUUGUGGAAAUGAAGUUAGUAAAGGCAAACAGGAUUUACUUAAUUCUAUUGUUUUGAGAAUGAAGAAAGCAAUAGAAGAUGAUGUUUUUAUUCCUCUGUAUCCAAAGAGCACUGUAGAAAACAAAACAUCACCACAUUCAAAGUUCCAAGAAAGACAGUUCUGGUCGAGUAUAAAGCUUUUCCGCAAUAUUCUUCUUUGGAAUGGACUCCUCCCAGAUGACACCUUGCAACAACUAGGACUUGGGAAGCUGCUAAAUCGCUACCUUAUGAUAGCUCUUCUUACUGCCAGUCCUGGGCCAGAUGUCAUUAAAAAGUGCCGCCAGAUAACAGCAUGUUUACCAGAAAAAUGGUUCCAAAACUCUGCCAUGAGAACGUCUGUUCCCCAGCUAGAAAACUUCAUCCAGUUCUUGUUGCAGUCUGCACGUAAAUUAUCGAGAAGUGAAUUCAGGGAUGAAGUCAAAGAAAUAAUUCUUAUUCUGGUGAAGAUAAAAGCUUUGAAUCAAGCAGAAUCCUUCAUCGAAGAGUAUCACCUAGACCAUCUUAAAUCAGUAAUUAAAGAAGUUUAAGCAAACUAUGGGAAGUACUAACAUGAGGUUUUAAUAUAAUCACUCUUGGCUCCUUUGCUUGGGGCGGCAGUCCUGCAGGACUCCCCUCCCUCUACCCUGCUUUACCUUCUAGUGUCCCCAAAGGCUGCCCCCCUGUAGUGUCUGCAGGAAUUGAGCACACGGGAGCAGUAAAAGUGUAACACACUUCCCUUUGAUUCUUUGGACUUCGUUUCCAUUGUAAGAGAGGAGUUGGGGAAACCUUGCUGCUUGGACUUUGUUGAGUCUUCUGAACCAAACGUAGCAACAUCUGUUAGUUCUCUUCAUCCUGUCUCUGUUCACAAGUAAAUUAAAAUGGAAAUCUUAACUGGAAUGAAUUAUUCUAAGUAUUAACUGGUUAAGGCAUUUUAAGGCCUUUGAUAACUGUUGCUUGUCACAUUGUCCUUCAGAAAUCUGUACCAGUGUAUUGUGCCAAAACAAGUGUAAUAGGCCAGCAAAACCCUGCCAGCCAUAGGCAUUAUUUUUUUAAGUCGGUACAAAAUUUAGUAGAUGUAAAAAAUUUUAUUUUAAUUACUCUUUUGGCUGUUAGUACUUUUUUGACCAUUUGUAAUGCUUUUUGAAAUCCCUUCAUGUUAAUGGCUUUGUAAGAACUUUGUUUUAUAGAUACUGAUGUUUUGUCUGUCCUGUGUUACUGUUUUCCUUAUCGUCAUUUUUCUUUUAAUGUUUGAGGGUUUUGGUGUGCUAAGGCGUUACUUGUUAGGUACUUCUCUUUUGUUAGGGUUUUUGCCAUUGGUGAUAGGCUUAGACAGGAUACAAGUAUUUUAAAUAUCCAGAACAUGUAGUGGACUUUCUGAUAAAAUAUUUGUGUAUUGAAAAGAAACUGAAAGUUUCUCAAAAUGAGAGUUUACUAAUAAUUUUUUCUUAAAUCCAUUAAAUAACUCCAGGGCAACCCUGAAUAUAUAUUUUGUAUAUUAUUGCCCCAAUGAAGGGAAAAAAUACUAUAUUGUAGGAUUUGAGCAUGUGGCUUCUGACAUUAUCACCUCUAGUUUUGAAGCUGUGUAUUUUUUUUUAAGUUUAUUUAUUUAUUUUGAGAGCAGGAGAGAGAGAGAAUCCUAAGCAGGCUUCGCACA